GGUGUCUGACAGGCAAAACUCUGGGGCGAGGCUCCGGCAGAGCAGGAAAGGAAUGCGAGUGGGAAGGGAAGAGAGCGAGGCAGGCGCAAGGAGCGGGCAUGUAGCGACACAUCCCGCCAGCAGAGCGGCCAGGGCAGCCUCCGCCGGGGCUCACGCGGCAGGGAGAGGGCGGGCUCUGCCUUGGAAGCCGAUCGAGGACAGCGCUCCCCGGCCAGGCGCAGCCAGACCACGCGGCGACGGCGAGAGCAGCGGCGGCGGCGGCGACUCCCCCAGCCGGCGCAUCCUCGCCGGCAGCAGGCUCCGCGCCGCUCGGCCCCAUGACGCCCGAGAAGUUGCUGCGGGAGGGGGUGCUGGAGAAGCGCAGCGGCGGCCUACUGCAGCUCUGGAAGCGAAAGCGCUGCCUGCUGAGCGAGAAGGGGCUGCGGCUCUUCGAGGCCGGCAGCCGAGGCUCGACGCGCUGCAAGGAGCUCAGUUUCGCGCACGUCAAGGCCGUCGAGUGCGUCGAGUGGAAGCAGCGGCACAUCUACUUCACCGUGGUGACCGACGGCGGCGCCGAGAUCGACUUCCGCUGCCCGCAGGAGGAGCCCAGCUGGAACGCCGACAUCACCAUGGCGCUGGUGCGCUUCAAGAACCAGCAGGCGGUGCAGAUCGUCCGCGCCAGGCACAGUUGCAGGGCCGCAUUUCAGCAAGAAACAGCCCCGGGUGGCCAGAUUCUGGUGAACGGGCCAAAGGAGCCAGAUCCCGAGCUCAGUUUGGGAAGAGUGGAGGAGCUGAUGGCUGUGAAUUCACCUGCCAAUGGACAGAAGGCAAUUCCCAGCUGCCACUGACUGUAGACUGGUUAGUUCUGUUCUGUGGCAUCAUGGCUGGGAAGUGACGUGGUGCCUGAAGCGUCUAGUAAAACCUGGAGGACAAAUAUAACUAGAACAAGCUUCUGUUUUCUGCUGUGUCUUUGCUAGCCUGGACCUCUUGGUAAAGUCCAGCUGCCAACUGCUGUGGGCUUAUCGAGUGGCUUUUAUACUCUCUUUAGCCUCCUCUGUGGUGGUACUCAUCCAUCUAAGGAUGUUUAAGCUAGACUGAAGACCUGGUUGCACUGGGUGUGGCAAGAGGAAAUUAUUCCUCCACAGGGCUUGGCAAGCAGCUGAACUGAACCGAACCAUGAGGACUAAGGAAAAGGAACUCAGUUUAUGCAAGCUGAGCAUGCCAGGUACUAAGUGAUGUCUCUGUAGGCAAAAGAGAACCUCCCUACUCAGUACACCUAGUGGCUGACCUUGAAGGAGCCACUGUGAACCUGCCACUUUGUUCCGAGUGUUAACCAGAAAGAUGACUGCCAUCUAGAGGUGGAGCCUGAAUAUAACUGUAAGCACCUUAUGAAGAAGCCUAUGUGGGAUGUUUGGUUUCUGAGUGUCCAAAAAUAACUUGCCUCUCUAAGGCAUCAUGGAACUUUCUACUCAGAACAAAAGAAAAGGGACAUUUUUUUGCUGGUUUUUGCUGGUUGCAGCUCAGUGAAUCAGACUGAUG